AUGAUAUCUAAUUUUAUCGUUGUUCUAUUUGCUUUUACAUUUGUUGGUAGUUCUUUAAUACCAACUAUUCCUGUAUCGAAAUAUGUACCAACUACUAUUCAUAAGUAUUCAUCUGGUUUAAAUUAUUAUUGGAAUUUACUACUCGAUGAUGAUAGUCUUUAUGUUGGUGGACAAAAUUUAAUCGUUCGAUUAGAUCGAGAUAAUAUUGAAGAUCGAACAAGCUCUAUUUAUAAAUCAAUUGAUCUUCCAUCAAAACGAGACGAAGUACAAAAAUGUCUGUCACAUUCAUUAAAUCAGGCUUUUGAUUGUGAAAAUCAUGUUCGAGUAUUAUUACGACGUAAAACAAAAUAUAAUGAUAUAUUUGUAUGUUCAACAAAUGCAUUUUCACCAAAACUUUAUUAUUUUAAUCCUGAUUUAACUGAAAAACAAGGAAGUAAAGAAGGUUUUGGUUAUUGUUCACGAGAUCCUCGUCAUAAUAAUACCGCUCUUUGGUCAGAUGAAGGUAAUCCACAAAAUUAUGGAUUUUUUUAUACGGGUGCCGUUAUUGAUUAUACAAAAACUGAACCAAUUAUUUAUCGACCACCAUCUGAUGAUGGAAAUAUUAAAUUUUUACGUACACCUCAAUAUGAUACUGAUUGGUUGAGUGCACCCGAAUUUAUUGCUUCAUUUGAUGUUGGUUCAAAUAUAUAUUUUUUCUUUCGAGAAAAAGCUGAAGAACAACGUGAUAUAUUUCCAAGAAUUUAUUCUCGUGUUGGUCGUUUAUGCAAAAAUGAUAUUGAUACUGCAACAAUUAUGGCUAAUACAUGGACAACAUUUCGUAAAGCAAGAAUAACAUGUUUAAGUGGUGUGAAUGAUUCACCUUUUGUAUUUAAUGAUAUUAAUGCUGUAACAAAACUUCAUGAUGAUCGUUUCUUUGUUUCAUUUACUAGUUCACCGUAA